UAGUUGUGCUCGUCUAACACAUGCCUAAAUGCCCUAAGCAAUGCACGUUGCCAUAUCGUUGCUGUGGAAUUUCAGAACUGGUCACACUGGUUAUCGUUGCGCGAGAGAAAUUGACAAAAUAUCCGAAGCAAUUAGCAAUUUGAGUGCAAAAACAUUUUAUCUACGUGCAUAGUUCAGUAAUGCCCUUAAAUUUGUUGCGAGUGUUUGUCAUUUGUAUCGUGUAGCCAACUGAUAUGAUAAAAUGAUUGUGAUGCGACGAUGAGCCGUUCUUAUGUGUUUCUUUCUAUGUAGUGUACAAAUAUUAGAGCUUGAGAGCUGCUAAUUAAAUUAUAAACAUACAGAAGCGUUAAAUAGUCGUCACCGAGUUAGAGCUACAGCCAGAGCCAAACCCACGAAACCAAACUUUGGCCCAUUUCUAUUUACAUUAAGACGACGACGACGACGAAAAAGAAGUAGCAGCAAAAAUAGAAAAGGCAGCUUUCACCAAAUUGGAAUCUAGUUUAAUCUGGCGGUGGCCACUGCUCCUUGCAGUAUGUAGAACAAAGAGCCCAAAAUAAAAACAAUAUUUACAUUCGCAUUUCUGCAAGACGUAAACGAACAAGAAGAAAGUAGAAAAAAUGUCCUUCAUAACUAAUCUAAAGAAGGUGUUUCACCUCGGCGGUGGUGGCGAGGCAAAGAAAAAACGCCUCUAUAAUAAUAUUAAAAUGGAUACCGAUCCAAAGGAAUUAUGGGAAAUGGUCGGGGAAUUGGGCGAUGGCGCUUUCGGCAAGGUCUACAAGGCCCAGCACAAGGAACACAAACGGUUUGCAGCCGCCAAAAUGUGCACGCUCGAGGAUGAGGAAAAUCUAAGCGAUCACAUGGUCGAAAUCGAUAUACUCUCGGAAAUUAAACAUCCAAACAUUGUGGAACUCUACGAAGCAUUCUCAAUUGAUGACAAACUUUGGAUGCUCAUCGAAUAUUGUGACGGCGGUGCUUUGGACAGCAUUAUGGUUGAACUGGAUAAGGCGCUUACAGAGCCGCAGAUUGCCUAUGUGUGCAAGCACAUGACCGAGGGCCUUACAUUUCUACACAAGAACAAGGUGAUACAUCGGGAUUUGAAGGCUGGUAAUGUGCUGCUCACCAUGGAGGGCGGCGUCAAGUUGGCUGAUUUUGGUGUGUCGGCCAAGAAUAAACAUACAAUGCAAAAGCAUGACACGUUCAUUGGUACGCCCUAUUGGAUGGCCCCAGAACUCGUAUUGUGCGAAACGUUUCGCGACAAUCCAUACGAUCAUAAGGUAGACAUUUGGUCGCUGGGUAUCACACUUAUUGAGUUAGCGCAAAUGGAGCCGCCGAACAGCGAGAUGUCGCCCAUGCGUGUACUGCUCAAAAUACAAAAGAGUGAGCCGCCGAAAUUGGAUCACCCGAACAGAUGGAGCAAGGAAUUCAAUGAUUUUCUUAAAAAGUCUUUAGUCAAGGAUCCCCAGCAGCGUCCCUCAACAGAUGUGCUACUGCAGCAUGGUUUUAUCAACUGCAAUCUGGACGCGAAGCCGAUUAAGGAUUUGCUACUCGAGUACAAGGCCGAAGUCGUCGAGGAGGUCGUCGAUGAUGAGGCUGAGGAACCCCGCAACUCGGCGCUCCAGCUCGAUUUGGACGAUGACUCUGCUUCGCUGCAGAGCCAAGACAUUGAUAAACUUCCAGGUACACCUACAUCCAUUUCGCGGGAUUCCAAAGAGCAAUUCCAACCAAGUAGCAGUCUACCAACAACAGCAGCGGCUUCAGCAGCAGUAACAGCAGCAGCAGCAGCAGCAACAGCAGCAACAGCAGCAACAGCAACAGCAUCAACAACAACAGUAGUAACAACUAAAGCAACAAAACCAGAAAAACCAAACCAGAAUAAGGAACAAUAUGCGCCCGGAGUAACCGAAACAACAGUACCGCAUAACAAAGUGACUGCACCAGCGCCCCCAACACCACCAGCGUCAGAAAACCAACAGCAACAACAACCGCAUCCCCAGCCACAGCCACCAGCUGCAGCCGUGUUAAAAAAAUCAAGUGAGGACGUUGCAGAAACAAAUGAUAAGUCUGAUGCUGAGAAAAAGCACUUUGUCAAAAAGGAAAAAGGCAAAGCGCCUCCACCGCCUUCAACAGUCGUCGUAGCUGCUACAAUUGCAAAGAAGCCACAAAGUACACCUACAUUGGACGUGGAGACAACAGCAUCGCCUAAACAACUGGCAGAACCCACAGGCGCCAUCGAAGUGACCAUUGGGCAAGAUACUGGGGAGACCAAGCCGCAGCCACCCUCUCCGACUGCCUCUUCCAUUAUAUCCGUGCAGUCGGCAGCUUCCACGGGUAGCAGCUCGAGUAGCGUAGCGGGCGAUGUGCUUAGCUCCAGUACCUCACUAAUAACCAUCAACAGCAGCGAUGCAUCGUCUGCUCUGCGUCAACAGCAAUCGGUACCGCCGCCGCCACCACCGCCCACGCAGCAUUUAGUGCUGCCAAACAGCCUGGAAUCGGUUAGUCAAAUAACAGUCGUGACAAGCACCCAUCCGCCGGUGAUCAUUGACAAUUCACAGCCAUCAACACAAAUGACGCAAAAUGAGGUAAUCAUCGUGUCGAAUGAUUUGAACAAGAGCAGGCAACUUCAUGAGUCAUCCACGGAUGAAGAUUUCCCUUCACUGGACGACAGUCUUGGGGAUCAGAUGAAGCAGUCAUCCAUGAUACUGUCUGUAAAUGAUAACCAAGACAGCUGCAUAGCACCAGCAUCUGCAGGUGCUGUCCACGCACGUAAGCUGGACGAGAGUGAGGUAUUGAUUGUGAGUCCAUCGUACGCGGAUGACGAUUCGGCAUACAAUACAGCAUCGGGCAGUCACGAUCACAGCGAUCAGUUGUUGCUUAUGGACACCAGUCACGUGUCCGUUGUCACCGUUGGUGAUGAGGUCAUCAAGGUUAAGGACAGCAGCCAUCAAGAGCUUAAUGAUGGUGGCGAUAUCGGCAAGCGCCAGCCGGCUAAUGGCAUAGUGCCUGAGGAUGUGAGCAUCAUUGUGAACCGGUUUAAACCCGGCCAGGAGCAAGAGAAACGCAUCUCACCCGACAGCAGCCUUGGCUCCGGGUCGAGCGAGAAUGGCUCCGUGCGGGAAAGACGCGGCGUUGAAGUGCUGAUAACCAGCGGAGGUGGUGAUGCGGACAGCAUUGGAACUAACACUAGUCAGGACAGUCGUAGCGAAGUGGAUACAAAACAGUUGCAUGCGUCCAUGUUGCCACCGCCGCCUCCGAUAACCAAUAACAACCGUAGCAACCUACAUCAUCAGCGGCUGGCACUGUCUAUUGACGAGGAAGAGGAAGCGGAUGUUGUAGUUAUACGUCAAAAGCCACGCGUGCCGGCGGCCAAAGCCGGAGGCGUUAGUGGACUCACCAAGGAGGAGAUCGAGCUGCGCAAUUUGCGCAAAAAGACUCGUAAGCGCACGCGUAAAUUUGAAAUCGAUGGCGUGCAAAUGACCACAACGACUAGUCGAGUCAUCUAUGGCGAUGAGGAUAAUGGACGUAUCUAUGAUGAUCACGAUUUCCGUAAACAGGAGCUUCGCGAAUUGAAAAUGCUGCAAAAACAGGAGAAGAAACAGCAAAACGAGUUGCAUGUCAAGGAACAGCUGGCAAAGGAGCAACAAGAUCGUCGCUUCGAACAGGAACGAAUGUCGCUUGAGAAGACCUACGAUACGGACAUGGAAACUCUUGCUCGUCAACACAAACAGCUAAUCGAAAAAACCGAACAGACGCAAGAGAAUGAGCUACGCAGUUCUUCGAAACGUAUACGCUCUGAGCAGGAACAAGAACUUAAGAUAUUCCGCGAAAAUCUUAAGCAGGAGAUACGGCUGCUCAAGCAGGAGGUGGAUCUGUUUCCCAAAGAUAAACGGAAGGACGAGUUCAAACAGCGCCGUACAGCCAUGGAGCUGGACCACGAGGAGAAGGAGCGGACGUUCCUUGACUCGCUCAAGGAGCGUCACGAGCUGCUGCUGCGUCGUCUUAGCGAGAAGCAUCGUGACCAUUUGGCAACCAUUAAUCGGAAUUUCCUGCAACAGAAACAGAAUGCCAUGCGUACGCGCGAAGCUCUGCUCUGGGAAUUGGAGGAAAAGCAGCUGCAUGAACGCCAUCAACUCUCCAAGCGACAUGUCAAGGAAUUGUGCUUCAUGCAGCGUCAUCAAAUGAUCGUACGUCAUGAAAAGGAGCUGGAUCAAGUAAAACGCAUGCUGCAGCGCAAAGAGGAGGAUUUACUCAAGAAGCAAACUCUCGAGAAGCGUGCCUUGCCAAAGCGCAUACGAGCUGAGCGCAAGGCGCGUGAUCUCAUGUUCCGAGAAUCCUUGCGCAUCUCUACAAGUCUGGAUCCCGAGAUCGAACGUGAUCGUUUAAAGAAGUUCCAGGAGCAGGAGAAGAAACGCUACAUGCAGGAGGAACGUCGCUUUGAGGUCAAACACCAAAAGCAAUUGGAGGAGUUGCGUGCCACACGUGAAAGCGCCAUUAGAGAAUUGGAACAACUGCAGAAUGAGAAGCGCAAGGCCCUUGUUGAACACGAACAUGCCAAGCUCUCGGAGAUUGAUGAGCGGCUGAAGUCGGAGUUACGCGAUUGGCGUGAACAGCUAGUGCCCCGCAAACAGCGACUGAAUGUCCUGGUAAGCACUGCUAUCGAUGAGCAUGAGAAGCGUUAUGGCAUCGUAUCCAAUCGAAGCGAGUUCGAGAACCUCGAGGUGGAGCUUCCUUUGCGGCUUCGCGGUAUAUUUAAUGAUCGAUCGGCGCGUUUGUUGCCGCGUAAUACGUUCAUUGAUCAGCAGCAGCUACCCCGAUCGCGUUCAUCACUUCUAAUGCUUGGGUCAGGCAGUGGCCGUGGUAAUUUUCGGGGCUCCGCGCCCGAUCUUAGUCGCAGCGUACCGAGUACGCCGAUCAUGCAUAAGCAUCAACGUGCCCAAAUGCGUAGCGAUCUGAUGCUACCCGAGGAGGACGACGGUGAGGAUCAAAUGAAGCGUACGAGCGUGGUCACGUUGCCAGGAGAGCAACAUUUGCGCUUGAUUACCAAAAUGCCAGUAAAUGCGACACCGAAUGAGUUGGUUAAGGUGGUAACCACAAACCCGCAGCUGAACAGCGCAGAUGAAAUGAAAUCCAAGCCAGAGAUGAGUACAUUCAAGCAGACAACAACCCCACCGCCGCCAAAGACGCCCGAGGAAUUGGGCUUGGUAGCGAAUCGAUUCGGACGCCCCGAUUUGCAAGAGCCAUCCGUAGAAUUGCGCAUACACGAGGGUCCCAAGUUGACGGCCCGUACACAGCACCUUCUGCAUUCCACCUCAUUUGCUAUCAAGCGUCCGUCGCUGGCUAGCCGCAGCAGCGGACGCUCCUCGCUGAGCAGCGCCAUGUCCAUGAACAAUAUGCACGAGCUAAGCACUUCGACUCGCUACUACAGCGACGCCGAACUGAUUUUCGAUGCGGGACUCAAAGCAGCCGCCUUGCUGGAUGAGGUUCAGCCACAGCUGCGCUCCACGCUGAAGCCCACACACAACGGCAGUGUCACAGAUGACUUCUAUCACGAUUUAUAUGCGGCCAAGUACACGCUGCCACGUAUAACCCAGCGCCAGCUCAGCUUGGACGAUGACCCAUCGGCUGCUUAAACAUCCCCAAAAAAAUUGGAUAUCAAAUCACAACUUCUACAACAGCUACGAAUCCGCUUACUAAAGCGGCAUCUCUUAAUAUACUUUACUAAUCCCUAACUACGCUACAUUUUCUCUUUCAUAACAAUGCUUGCUUUUGGUGCUUAAUAUACACACGUGUACACUCACAUACACCCACACUUACACUCACACAUACCCACACACAUCCACAGAAACACCACAUCAAUCUCUAACUAUUCGAACUAUCCAGAUGUUGAAAUUCUCAUUUUUGUCAAUUGCCACUACGAAUUGCCAAAGUUAUAUAUAUUUUUUAUUUUGUUAAUUAAACAAUUGUUUUGCCUAUGAUGCCAAAUAUUAAAUAUUGUUUACCUGCAACCGUUACAUUCCAUUUAGCAGUAUUAUUAUGCAGACAGUACUUAGACCAAAAAAGCGAAGAAUGUAAUUAAAAAGCUGAUAAUGCUUAUCAAGCAUACCAAGUAUAUAAACACUUAACUUUAAUCAUAUACAUUUAUGUAUGUAUAUGUAUGCAUUGAUAUUCACUUUUAUGAAGCUACACUAUACACACAUACAUCACCACAAACAUUACAACAACGCGCUGCUUUUCAUAUAUAUAAAAACGAAAUCAAUCAAAAAAUGUAAAAAUUAUGUUAAAAACAAAAACCUUUUCUUGCCGGCUCUUCUUCCAUUCGUAAAGCAACUACAACAGCGGCUGCAACAAGAGCGUCUGGAGGAGACUUUCGCGCAGCAGCUGGAUGAGAUGGAAACCUUGUACGGCGGUGCCUU